CCCCUCCCUCAUGUACCACUGCCGAGACAGCUGAUGAUCAGUCAAAAUUGCGCGAUGAGGCGACUGCAGUAAGCUGGUAUUUUGAGCGCCAGCGCAUCGACCAAGCAGUCGAUGCAAAAGAACAAAGAGGAAAGGAUCAUUAAUUGGGCAUGUUGAGUUUUGCUCUUCGGAGAGGGGGUUAAUUUCUGAUUAUGUGAUAUUCGGGGUUCAUGUAUUUAUUUUGGAUCAGCUUCAGUUAAUAGUGUGUUGAAAGUGAAGGAAGCACUUCAAUGAAGAACCAAGCAGGAUGGCAUCCGAUACUCCCCAGAGAUCCUUCCAACGAUCCCCAAGGACUCCUCGGCUGACCAACAACAACCCACCACCCAGCGCAGUCACAAGGACUAUCAUCAGCCACCCCUCCAACCUCCGCACCGGGCCAUCGCCAGCCUAUACGACCAACCUCAGAUCGAGGCACUCACUCUAUGGGACUGACGACAGGGUCAUCCUCGACCUGGGCUCCAAGGUAUGGAAGGCCGGCUUCUCCUCCGAGACCAGCCCAAGAGUCGUCAUCUCCGUCAACGAACUCUGCAAGCCGAUCCUCAGCAACAACAUCCACUCCAUCUGGAACAUCUCCUCAUCAACAACGAUCUCACUGAUCUCAGACGCAAUCUCAAUCGGCCUCACCAGGAUCUUCUUCAACCAUCUCAUGAUCGAUCCCAAACAGAGGAAGCUCAUCCUCAUCGAGAAUCCUCUGAUCCCAACCAACCUUCGCUCAGAGAUCGCCAUCGUCCUAUUCGACCAGCUUCACGUCCCCAGCAUCUCAUUCACCCCCUCCCCUGUCUUGACACUCAUGGCCUGUGGGAUCCUAACCGGGCUAGUCAUCGAUGUCGGAAAUCUAGAAUCCUCGGUCAUACCCGUUUAUAUGUCUAGACCCUUGUUUCCUAUGAUCAAAUCUACCACGCGCGCUGGAUCAAGACUAACUUCGCGUCUGACCGUACUCCUUUCGCGCUUUGCCGAGUAUCUCAUCAUCCCCAAGUUCGGCCAAUCAUCAAUCUCAACAAACGCACCACGAAUCUCCAAGCCAACUCGUGUGCCGCCUGGGAUCCUGACACCCGCAGUGGUUGAGGAUAUCAAGACGCGUCUCCUGUUUGUCAGUCAAGAUAGACUUCGGCUUGAUCAUCAAUCAGAACCAAUCCAAGCUUCCUCAGCCGAAGAAGUAGAGCAGGCAGAAGAUAAUCAAGGCUUGGUGGAAGAUUACUCCGAAUUCAGGAACCACAAACUUUUAGAUAGGCUCGAAAGAAUCUAUAAGCAAUCGACAUCUCCUGACACCCAAGAUGUUGUAUACAAGCUACCUGCUCUCCAACCAUCACAAUCUACUAACCCUCGAGCACCCUGUGUUGGCGUGAUUCGAAUCCCAGCUUGGAUACGAGAACGAGCCAGUGAGAUCCUAUUCAAUCCGACCCUCAGUUUCGGUCAGAUCGAAGAGGAAGAAGAUGAAAGCUUGAGCAUACCUGAAGUGAUCUUGGAAAGCUUAUUGAAACUUCCGAUCGAUCUCCGACGGCCGAUCGUCCGCAACCUCAUCGUCUCCGGCGGAGGUGCCAUGUUGCCUGGGUUUCUAGCUCGACUCAAGUUCGAGCUGAUCAGUAUCUUGGAAGAGUUUCAAGUGCCACCGCCAUCCACGGAUGAGCAAUCAUCCAAGAAGACGAAGAAGCAACAGGAACUGGGAAGAUGGCUGGCGAGUCGAAGGAAAUUCAGUCCGCUCCAUUCCUUGAGUCACGACUUGGAGAUCCUCAAUCACUUUGACUCAUCACCAGAGCCGCUAGUCCGGACAUCCACAACAACAACGACGACGACGACCAUCCGACGGAGCCGGCCGGCUCAGUUCCAGAUGAAUCUCCUGGCCUGGAUCGGGGGCUCCCUAGCAGGCUCGAUGAAGAUCGGCGGCCAGGAGGUGAUCCGUGAACGCUGGGACUCGGUCGUCGAGUCGAGCCUCGUCAGUCAGGAGCUCGACAUCCACCAUCUCUCCCCCUCCGUCCAUGGGAUCAUCAACUUGGACGAGUUGGAGGAGGACGAGGAGAAUGAAGAGCAGAUCGAAUACCAACGCAAACUCAUCGGCCUCAAAAUCGCCUCCUCUAUCUUGCCUGAUUGGGCUGCUCUCUCUGUCGUCACCUAGUCCCUAUCACCCCUCCCUCAACUUUGUGCUUGAAUUAACUUGAACAAAAUCAUCUCUCAGUAAUACCGUAAUCAUUUGUCACUUUAGCCCCCCCCCCUUUUUUUUGCAUUAUUUGUUACAUUACUACAACUUCUCAUCUACAUAUCUUCUUUUUUUUUGGGAGGGAGGUUUCCUUAUUUCAGUUGUUGAAUUAUUUAUUUGGUCAAUUAUAAUAAUUGUCUAUUUUCUUUGAAUAUGAAAUGGUAAAGAACAUUGUAGAUGUUCUUGUUGUUCAAAUUGCUUCACUUUACUUGAUUAAAGUCCAAGCAAGAGACGCUUUUACAGAUGUA